UCAUAUCUCUAGAAGGGUUCUCUGAGGAGUGUUUUUAGAGGUUUCUAAAAAGUAUUAGUUAGAAUGUCUCUUUCUUCAAGUCCUGUAAAAUCACAGUGGUGAUAUUAAACCAGCUAGCCUUUCAGGCAGCAAGAAAUGAAAAAUAGCACUAAUAAACUCCAUUAAAAGCUCCUGAAACUACAGCAAAUGGUUUUCUAUAAACAAUAAAAGUUUAUAAUGUUGGUUAUGGAGAACACUGGGCAGCGUGUCGGUGCCUGGAGGCUUUAUUGGGGCUAACUCAGGGCACCUCAUAAUAAGGUACAUUCAAGUAGGAGGUUCACCCCAUCCUCAUGCCGAUGAUCACUGCUGUGGAGAUGCAGGAACACGUUUUUAUGUGGCAGCCUCUUUGGAACUUCACCUACUUUUUAAUAAGGUGCAUGUGCGUGUGUUUGUGUGCAAGUCUCGUGUCUCGUUUGGAAGCCACAUUUGACCAGAGUGCCAAAAACCCUCUAAAACUGGCAGUAGGUCCGUUUUUUCUGUCACAUCUUUCCUUCUCUCGGGCCCUUUAAAAAAGCUGUGGUGUCACUGGAAGUUCUCUAUCUCCUAUCUUAAAAUGCUACGCUUCAGAAUUGUGCCGUUUUAGGAACAGACUGGGCCCCAGCCAACUACACUGAGUUAAAUUUGGAGUGAAAUUUAGUGUUUGCGAAGGAAUAGGAAGCAGUUCUUUGGAGAGGUGACUUUAUUUGUAUGUGGCCAGGCAGUGGGGCCAUUAGGAUAGUUUCAUAUGGAAGUGACUGCUGGCCAGGUUACACUUAAAAUUGGGAAGGCCCUGGUAUCCAUGGGGCAAUGUACAGACUUUCUUGAAAAUGUAGUAGAUGCUUUCUGUUGUAUCUUGACUUCUACCAUAAUUUCUCCUACUGUUUGUGGAUAUUCCCAUACUGUGUCUUGGAGGAGCAUCAAACAAGUGCCAAAUCCUCAUGUCUCCCAAAAUGUGACAAUUUCAUGAGAAGGUGCUGGCAUGCAUGGACAUGCCUGGAGUUGGAGCGAUACCUUCAGACUGAACCACGGAAGAUCUCUGAGACCUUUGGUGAGGAUUUGGACUGCUUCCUUCAUGCCUCCUCAGGCUCAGAUGCAGAGGACAAUAUUCGACGACUGGAUCCCAUCCUUCUACCAGUGGAGACAAGUACGUGUGACAAAAGUGCCGACAUGGACAUUAUCCUCUCACGGGACAAGCUGCUGUCUGAGACAUGCCUCAGCUUGCAGUCUACCAGCUCUUCCACAGAAGGCUACACAGCUGUCAACCAGGCCCAACUCAAUGCAGUAACCUCAUUAACGCCCCCUUCCUCUCCGGAGCUCAGCCGCCACCUUGUAAAAACCUCACAGACUCUCUCAUCGGUGGAUGGCACGGUGACGUUGAAACUGGUGGCCAAGAAAACUUCACUCAGCUCCGUGAAAGUGGGUGUAGCAACAGCAACCGCGGGGACGAUAAAAAGCGGGCAAAGUGACAGUGAACAAGGAGGUACAGGGGCAGACGCAUCCCCAGAAAACAAGAAGAGGGUUCAUCGCUGUCAAUUUAAUGGGUGCCGGAAGGUUUAUACAAAGAGCUCCCACUUAAAGGCUCACCAGAGGACUCAUACAGGUGAGAAGCCUUACAAGUGCUCGUGGGAAGGGUGCGAGUGGCGUUUUGCACGGAGCGACGAGCUCACAAGGCAUUACAGAAAGCACACGGGUGCAAAGCCCUUUAAAUGCAACCAUUGUGACAGGUGUUUUUCCAGGUCUGAUCACCUCGCCCUCCACAUGAAGAGACACAUCUAAAUAUCAAUCAGUUUGGUAUGGAUGUCAUCUGAGCUGUGUUGUGAGAUGAAAGUGGAACUCAAGUUACAAUGUGCUACCUUGCAGGAGAAAGAACUUGAUCACAUGUAAUCCUCUGUACAGAGACCACAGGCUCACACUGUCAUGCACCCAAUUAUACUUCAAUACGUACAUUGGUUCUUCAUGCCUUGCCCCAGCUGGAUGGGAGAAGAUGCAGGCGAGGAAGUGGUACAGAGGUGAAGUCAAUGAGAAGGAACAGUUGCUUACAGUACUUCGUCUCUCUUGGAUUUGUCUCCUGUUUCUGCCAAUGGAAAUCAGAGAAAACAGAGGAGGCUUCCCUGCAGGUGGACGGCAGUAGGAGGGGCUUAUUUAACUUGCUUCUCAGUGCAACUCAAUAGGAGAAUAUGUCGUCUUGAAGUUGCAUAUUUGUAGCACUAACUUUCUUUUUAAAUAGAUGGGGGGAAAACAAUGACCUAGAAAACCAAAUCCCAGUUUGGUAGCCAAAAUUAACCUCUUGGUUCGUUUGUUCUUUGUCUGAGAAUUCCUAAUGUUCAGUGCGUCAGACUUCUCACAGACAGUUUGACCUGUCUUGGUUUUGGUUCUUCUUCCUAGAACUGAGCUAUUGAGAUCCUUUUAAGUCAAUACCAGUGGCCUUAAUGGCAGUAGACUGUGGAGUGACACUUGUGACACAAAUAUCCUCGUUCUGGCCUGAGUUUAUGUAGACUUCACGGAGGACUAUAUUUUUGUUGGUUGUUUUUAUUUUAAUUUUUAUUUUGGCUAUUGCACAAUGUAUGCACUAGGGACUCUGGAAGCUGCUGCCAUGAUGGCUAAGUGGCCAAGGGAUAAACCCCUGAGAAACAGCACCUAAUAUCUCUGUAGGCCUCACCUUACUGCCAUAGCUAGGACUUCUUGUUUAUUUGCUGAACAAAAAACUUUAAAAGCUUAUUUGGAAGCUUAAACAUUUUUUCUCUUUUCUUCAUGAACAAGUGAUCUUCAGAACUCCUUGUCUUCACCUGGAUAUCGGUCUGGGACUGGCCACACAGGCAUGACUACAGGAUUCCUUCCACAUCAUGUGAGCAUGUUAGCCACAACCCACAGUGACUUAGUGAUGAAUUUUGUUGCUUUUUCUUGCUGUUCUUCUAUUAACCAAUUUAAAAUAUUAGACUUUUGUUUGCGUAAAGAGCACCUGCAGACUUUAAUUUAAAGCUAAUGUUUGUUGAGCAUCUUACAAAAAAAAACCCAAGCCAAAAAUCCUACUCCAGUGUCUUGAGUGGGAAAUCGAGAACCUCUUCCAAGUACAGUGGCUUCACUCAGCGUUAGCCUUUUAAAGUCCUCCUUUUCCAUUCAUCAAGUUGAUGCUGUAGCCCACUCCUAAAUGAAAAAAUGUAACAGUGUGAACGGUGAAGGAAGGGUUGGAAUUUACAUACAGCAGUGAGGCUUUUCCAAAUGAUUGUCUAAAGUAUUAUUAACCUAGAGGUCCAUUUUGGCCUACUCUGUGAACCAUCAAGAAGUGGAGGUCUCAUGCUCACCUUGUCAAUCCUAUUGAUAAUUUGAUUUUGUUGGCUCAAAGUGGAUUAAAGUCUUCAUUACAAAAGAAAAACAAAAACAUCUAUCUUACCGUAACUUGCAUUUGAAACUAUUUGGCACUGGCCCUGACUCCAAAGACUGCAUUUAGGACCAUAAAAAUGGCCUAUGCAAGCAGGCAGGUGGUCAUUAGGUUGUAUAUUUUGUAUAUUCUGGGACCAUCCCUACAAGAUGUGUCUAGAAAUGAAACAAAACAGCACGUGGUCCACAAAUGGUUGCUGCUCUUUUAUACUGUAUUAGCCAACUGCCCUUCUUUGACUGUUUUGACUCAUUGACUGUUAAAUAUUUCCCUUAAUUUGUGUAUUGGGAGGUAAAACUGUACUCUUGGGGGAAAAGAGAAAACAAGAAACUCGAUAGAUGUUUAAGAGCCGUCACCGGGAUCCUUGGCACUUGAAUUCUCAGCAUUUUACAACCUUUGGUUCCAGUGAGAGAUUGAAUUUACUCAAAAGAUGCUGAAUUUCCUCACAGUUUUCACAAAACACUGUGACUGUCGACUGAACACUUUGGGGACAGGGGGGAAAUACGAUGUCUGGCCCAUAUGGCAUGAAAUAUGGACCAAAAUCUAACCAUCUUUUAGGGACAAUGAUGUAACAUUCAUAAUAAAAGCAUGAGAGAGAGCAAGAGAGAGAGUGAAAGAAAGACAGAGAGAAAGAGAGAGAGAACGGAAAUUGAGUUUAUUCCAAAGAUUUAAAACUAACUAUACUCUAUAUGUGUAUAUAUAUAUGCUUAUAUAUAUAUGUAUACAUUUAAAAAUUGCGGAGCACUGCUUGCUGACAAUCUCGUAUUUCUCUAGUUCUGUAUUUGCAUACUUUUUAUGGCCAUUCCACCCAGUUGUUCCACUGGGACUGAGGGCCCUAGAAUCCAAUUUGUGUUGGAAUAUAUAGAGCAUCCUGGCAGAUGUCUAAUGGGAACUGAAACCUCAGCUGUGUGAAACUGUAGAGCAUCCAGUCAGUGCAUUAGAUUAACAAAAGGAUAAGAGAAUCCUAGACUUCCAUUACUGUCGUGUCCUACAGUGUGUGCUCUCAAACCCACUACUAUGAUACUCAUUGGCUGUGAACCUGCAUAAAUAUCCUCCUUUGACCUCUGAACACAACUGCCUUUAGACAUGCUAUUACUAGUCUAAAAACCUUAAUUAUUAAGUGACAGUUUAAGUACCAGACUCUAUUGAAAAUGGAAAAAAUCAAGCAAGAUUGUUUAUUUACUUCCAGUUGUCAUUUAUGUAUGGUCUUGUUGACAUCUUAUUUAAAUAUGGUAGAACAAGGGCCCCAUGGAAAAAAAACAUGCUGAAAUGUCUGAUUAUUUUGUUCUAGAGGCAGGCCUACCUCUAAGUCAUGGAUCCAAAUAGCCUAAAAAAAUUAGAGAAAAGAGGAAUAAGAGACUUAACCAGAUUUGAGGUUUCUCAGGCUCCCUCUGUGGCAGGUUUUGAACUCUGAAGCCAAAUUUUGAUGUUUGGGACCAUCUCUUCUGUUUGUAAACAGAGAUAUUUUUCAACUGUGUACAUGGUGUCCUUAGUCAAUCUCUGGACUUCGGUUUUUGGGUGCUUAUAUACAAGUGUCUUAGUCAUUACUAACAUUUUGAACCACAGCUGGUAUUUGUAGGAGUUGGAAAGACAUAAUUAGUGACACAUUCCAGGAUUCGUUUUUUACAGUAAGUUUUGUUUCUUUGCAGAUUUUUAAGCUGUGCCCUUCAAACUUGUGUAAUCUGUUACAGCUGGAACCUUUUUGGGCCCUGUGUCUCCUUCCUAAAGUUGUACAGUUGUCCUCUAUUUGUAAACUAUGAGUAGAAACAGACUAAUGAGGAAAGGCUAAACCUCUCUGUAAGGCUUCUUGGAAGCAAGCUGAGGAUUGGGUUAUCCAGCUGUAGAAAGGAAAAGCUUAACUUUGUUUCCUUCAUGCUUGUUUUAUGCCUAUUUGCAAAAGAGAAGCCUUUAUAAGAAAGUCAGAUUGUGAUUUCCAAGGCCAUGGAACUGUAGGAUGAGAACAAAUUGAGACAAAAAUCUCACAAAUACUGUACACAGAAGAAGCAACUAAAGCAAAUGUGAGUUUUUGUGAAGAGCUGAAUAAUAUUUUGGAGCAGAGCAGUCAAUCAUAGAAUCAUGCAGGUGAGAAGGGGCCUCCAGAGGCCAUCUUGGCCGAUCUCCAGCUAGAGCUGGUUGCUCAGGGCCAUAUCCAGCUGUGUUUUAAAUAUCCCCAAGAAUGGAAAUUCAACAACCUGUCUGUGCAAGCUGGUCCAAUAUUUCACCACUCUUAUGGUUUAAAAAAAAUAAUUAAAAAAAAUCCAUGUGUCAUGUAGGAAUUUUCUGUGUUCCAGCUUGUUUUCAUUGCCUCUUCCACUGUGCACCUCCAAGAGUCUAGCUUCUUCUCUACACCCUCUGUUAGGUAUAUGUAGACAGCAAUAAGAUCUACCCUUACUCUCUUCUUCCUAAGAUUGGACCAUGUCUCUCAGCCUCUCUUCAUCCAUCACGUGUUCCAGAACCUGGUCUCCAUGGUGGCUGUCUUUUAGACUUGCUCCAAUAUGUCAGUAAUUUUCUUAUAACGGGGAGAUCAAAACCAGACAGAAUAUUCCAGAUCAAGAUGUGCUUCAUAUGUUACAAUGUUGAUAUAAUUCAUUUAUUCUGGAUUUUUCCAUUAUCCAGUUAAGACGAGCUAUACUGUAUGACAAGAUUCUAUUUUGAAAACUAACUUACGAAAAAUCAUUUAGGAAGUACCAGUAUAAAGAUUUUUCUAAUCAGAUUUGUUGUGUCUGUGUAUAAAAACAUGGUUAUAGAAAUGUGCUUUCUCUACUGCCGUCUUGAGGCCUGGCAUGCAAAAUUCUGUUUUACCAACUUAAUCAUUGCUGGUUUACCUUCAACUAAAAAAAUGUAUCAUUUUAGUUGUACAGUAUCAAUUACAAAGACACAUGAUGCUGUUAUUUUAGUUACUUUUUAGACCAAAACAACACUUCGGUGUGUCUUUGUUCUGUUUGUUUUCCCCCUUAGAGCAACCUAAAAUAUGACAUGUAUUUCAUAAAGAUUGGUCUAACAGAAAAGGGCAUUCCAGAGUCCAGAGUAUUUUUCAUUAUCUUAGAGUUGUUCUUUUUCAAUACCCAGUACUCAGUCUAGAAAAUUAUAUUACCUGGAUAAAAUGGCAAGUGAAGAAGAGAAGGGAUGGACUGAAAUCCUAGAUUCUUUCAAUGGCUUGGACGAGGCCCUGAGCAGUCUGAUCUAACUAAACUGUUUUUUAGACAGAGGGUUAAAUUAGGUGCCCUCCAGAGGUACCUUCCAACAUUAAUUUUUCUGUGUUUCUAUGAUUCAUUUCAGAGCUCUCACUGAUUAAAUGUGUACUUUAAAUAGUUCUUCCCAGGCUUGUGCUGGUGGAACAGACUGUAGGACAGGUCUGUAAGGUUUCUCUCAAACUCUGAGAGUUUCAUCCUUAUUAAACUUUAUAAGGCUUCUUCAUGAAGAACACUUAGGAGGAAAUCUUAAAAAAAACAAACCCAAACCCUUAGCAAACCAGCCUGAAGCAAUAUCAGAUCAUGAGAUACGCUGCAGCUGCAGGGACCAACCAGAUACUAUGGAAACAAGUUUGCUAGCCUGGAAGACCCAUAUGAUGUCUCAAAAAUGGUUUCCAGGACCUGAAACCUAAGCUAACAUAUAUUUCUAUAAAGGUGAAAAUAAAAUUAUUGGGUUUUUUCAUUCAUUCUUAGUUUCCUCAGACUUUUGGAAUUGGGUUUACUGUUUUUUUAGGUUAGCACACUUUCACUUAAUACUUGGAAAGCACUGACCAAACACAAAUGGGGAAGAAGAACCUGAAUGCAAGAGGAGCCCCCAGGUCCUUGCUUUUGGAACUGUUUUAACUUCAGGAGUAAAAAGACAACUAAUCACUAAGGGUGUAUGGCUCAAAUGGGAGUUGAUCAAUAUGAUAGUUGCAGUGACUGAGUGUAUCUUACCUCUGACCUUUCUGAUAUCUACAGAGUCAGGCUUUCUCGCUCAUUUUUACCUGGCCCUAGACAAUUUGGGCUUUUUAGCUGUCUCUAAUACAAAGGUUGCUCCUCCUCUUUAACAUAGUUUGUUUAUCUGUGUACAAAAGAGGUCAUAAUUGGUGCUUUUGACAAAACUGAUGAAAAUCCAAUUUGCUUAAGUGUUUCCUUUUCUCUGCCUGUUCCCUUAAUGUAUGUCAAAACCUAUAAAUCUAAAAAAUUAAAAAGAGGAAAGAUUUGUAAAUAAUUUCAUGUUACUAGGCCAGCACCCAGUGGAUCAAGGGCUUUUAUUCUUGAUUUCAUUCAGGACUUGGCACAUCCUAUCAUUCCAUCUAGUAAGACUGUUUUUAAGCUUUCAUAUCCUGGGUGACGCCUCUAACCCAACAAUCUUUUAAAGUACUUUUUGCUGAUUUCAGAUUGAAUUGCACUUGCAAAGAUCCCCACAUUUUGCAAAGAACAAAAAACAAUGCUUGACAAUAACUCUAUUUAACUCUGUCUUGAAAAAUGAAAAUUAUUUCCUCCCAAGAUAGUACAACUACUCAUUGACAAAUCUUGCCUGUCUUUCAUUAGCAUUAAAUCUACGCCUUCCUGAAUGAUCCUUUCCAGAUCAAGGUUGGAUAUUCUUCUUACUUUUGUCACAUUUGAGUCUCUUUUUAUUGAUAGUUUAGGGUGGACUACGGCAGUCUUUCUCCUCCACAGCUCUGCGCUGGCUUCAGUGGCAAGAUUUAGCAUUGUAGAACUGUAGAAUCCAGCCUACCAUGUACUAAGAUGUGUCUUGUAAAGCUGAGACUUUCCUCCUCCCGUAGAGGAAGAAGUCCAAGACAUACUUGUGCUAUAUAAGUUAUAUAUAUAAUGAUAGAGUUGUAUAUAUAAAUUAUAUACAUAAAAAUGUGGAGACGGGGGGAUAGGCUGGCUUUAUCACCUCAAGAAUGGGUUUCCCUACCUGAAAAUUUUCAAAUGCAGGCAUCAUUUUUCAAACAGGAUUUUAUAAUUUUCCUUAAUGCUUGUUAAUGGCAUUUUUGGUGUAAUAAUUGAAGUUGGAACUCUUCACGAUUUUCAAAAUGAAAGCUUUGAUGAUUUUUUUUAAGUGCUUUGGUCCUAACUUCUGUAUACUGCCAGGAAACAUUUUCUCCACCCUGUCUCUGUGUGGGUGUGGAUGUACAACAGUAUACUGUAUAUACCUACACAGAAGAGGAAACUGAGCUACUGACUUACAGUUUGUAGUAGCCAACCGUGCCUAUUGCUUUGAUUUAGGGAGGGCACUUGCUGUUGCCAUUGCAUUUUAGGAAUCAUGUCAGCUUCUGUAGAAGAACUUUCAACAUUGCUGGAAAAUACAUGUUGCUGUGUACCGUGAAUGAGUAGGCUGCAAAUGUGGGGAUUGGGAGGGGAAGUGGGAAGGGUUGUGCGUGUGAGGGCUUAGCACGUACACACUAAAAGCGAGCUAAAAUGGACAGAAAGGUGACAGUUUUAGCCUUUAUUGUUGGGCUUUCGGGGAAAUGAAAAGCUAGCACGCAGUCCCUGGAAGGCCUGAUGGCUGAAGGGCUGAUCUUUAUAUUUUGCAACAUACAUUUUACCCACCGCUCUGUAUUUUAAACCCCAGGCCUGUCAGAUUCUGGAAGUAGAUCAAAACACUGGUUUAAACACUACUUUGUUACCAAGGCCAUGUCUCUACCAGGGAAGUUGCCCUGUAUUAAAAUACCAAUCUAGUUGCAAUCACUUUGUAGCUGCACCUAUUAACUUGAUUGCCUGGACUGAGUUUGCAUUAGCAUCCUGUGCAGUUAAGCUGAAGUGUAGGAAAUGCUUCAAGCAAUUAGGAUACCUCUACAGGAAGGUUCUUGCACCAACGUAAGUACCUAAUUUUGAAAUCACUGCAUAUAAACCAUGACAACUUUUCUCUUAGAAACAAGGCCUUAGUUUAGCAUGUCUACUCAUCUAGUUGAAAAAAUAAUAAUGCAGUCUGAGAUUUUUUUUCUUGCUUUGCAAAGUGGCCUGUUUUCUUUCUUGUCCUUUGAAACCUUUCUUGCUCUCUACUACACAUUAGUUUUUUGUUUGGGGGAUAUUUUUUUUUAGCAACAACAACAACAAAAAGUAUGAAUGCUCCUAUUUAAACAAAAAAAAACAAAAACAAAACAAACAACAUUGCUUGAAGGACUUUCAUUUUGCACUAUAAUUUUUCUUUUACCAGAUGUGUCUGACAAGUGCAUUUUGGAGAUGCCCUCGGUCACGUUCUCUCAGGCCUACUCUGGUAUUUCUAAUAUAUCACGGAAGUACCCAAUCUUGUAGCCCUCAGUUCUGCCUUUUUUUGACAUUUUAUUUUUUUUAAGCUUUUUAUAUAUAUAUAUAUAUAAAUAUAUUACUUUGUCAGUUUUUUUGCUGUACAAAAAGUCUUAAGAUUUAAAAAUAUUAUUUGUAUUAUAUGAUGGUGGUAUGUUAAUGUUACAAAAUUAUUAAUGAAGAAAAAAUUUAUUUUUGUUACUGGUCUGUUUCAUAAUUCUUUUUUAAAUUGGUAUAUUGUAAGAUAUCUAUGCAAAAAUGUUAUGUGACGCAUUUUUAUUUAAGAAUGUAAUAUGUGUAAUAAACAGUAGAAUGUGUUUGGCCCAACA